AUGAAUCGUAGUCUUGUCCUCUUCAUUAUCUUUACCAUUCUUACAAUUGUUCAUAGUGAUAAAGAAGAACAAUUUAUUCAAACAGAUAAUCAUAUUUUAUCAUCAUCAUCAUCAUCAUCAUUAUGUAAUAUCAAUCGACAAGGUUUUGGUCAAUUAGAACAUGUACAAAUAACAUCUUAUUCAAUAAAUAUUCGAUUUAAAAAUCUAUAUUCUAAUUUAAAAUGUUCAUCAAUUUAUAUACAUGCAUUCAUAACAAAUACACAUACAAAUCAACUUGAUCGAACAAUUGAAAAUAUUCAAACAAAUACUAUUUCUAUUAAUCGUUUACUUCCCAAUCAUAAUUAUUCAUUAACUAUAAAAAUUUUUGAUGAAAAAUAUAUGCGUAUUUUACCUACACAUAUUUUUCAAACACUUGAAUCAUCAAAUCCAAAUACUCUAACUUUAUCCAAUGAUGAUCUAUUAACAAUUGAACAAAUUGAAUCUUUUAUUUUUCCUCAUACACAUCUUUAUAUUGUUACAGUACCAAAUCAUAUUCGUCGUUCAACUAUUCUCGGAAAUAUUACAUUAUCAUAUAAAAUAGAUGAAAAACAAUAUAAAUAUCAUCAUAUUGUCAAGCCAUUAGAUAAUAAUGUUAUUUCUCGUAUUGGUAGAAUGACAACAAAAACAAUUGUAUUUUCUAUUGAAUUACCAGAUGAAAAUAAUACUUCUAUUGAAUAUACAAGUAUAAUUCAAUUAUUUUAUUUAAAUGAUCAACGACAAUCAAUUAUUGAUCAUCCUAUUAUGAUAAAAUAUCCUCAACCAAUAACAGUUGAAUUUUUAUCAUUAUCAACUCGAACAAUACGUGUAUUCAUACGUAAUUUAUGUUUAUCUUAUAUUGAAGUUAAAGCAAUUAUUCAUAAAGAUUUAAAUAUUAUUUCACGUAGUCAAUGUGAUAUCAGUAAAAAAGAUAUUUCAUUUUAUGAUAUAGCUAAUGGAGAUUGUUUAAUUAUAUUUGAUAAACUUCAACCUGAAGAAAAUUAUACAUUAUCAAUACGUGCAACAUGUCCAAUUACAACAUCAUCAUCAUUAUCAUUUGUUUUUUAUGAUCGACCUCGAUUUUUUUCAUUUCAAACAACAAGUGGUUUACCAGAUAAUUUUCCAUUAAUUUUGUCAUUUUAUAAUAAUAAUAGAACAUUAUCAUGGAUAAAUCCAUCAAUAAAUAUGUCUUAUCUUGGUCCGGAAUAUUAUUAUGAAUUAUUUACAAAAUUAAAUGAUAACUGGACAUUAGUCUAUCGAGGAAAUAAUACUCAAUAUCAAUUAAAAUCAAAAUCAAAAUUAAUUGAAAAAAGUAAUUUAACAUUUCGACUUUAUGUUGGUAAUCGAUAUGGACGACAAGAAAAUAAUUAUUCACAAUUGGAUAUUAAUAUUGAUCCUAUUUAUCAUUCAAAUUCAAAUAAUCAAAUAGUGUUUAUUAUAAUUUUAAUUUCAUUUAUAUUUCUUAUUGUUAUUGGUUUUCUAUUUUUUUCAUGCUAUGUACGUAAUAAAAAACUUUAUGGAAAAUUAAAAAGAAAAUAUAGUCAAAAUGGUAAUAUAUCUGAUAAAGAAUUAGAUCAUUUACGAUCAUUAACAUAUUCAUCUCAAUCACAACGUAUUGAUUUUCUUAAAGAAGCUAUUAUAAUGAAUCAAUUUAAUCAUAAACAUAUAAUACAUUUAUUAGGUGUUUGUUUUUAUCAUGAUUAUCAACCACAAUUUCUUGUUAUUGAAUUAAUGGAACAAGGUGAUUUACAAAAUUAUUUAAGACGUUCAAGACCAACAAAAGAUAAUAAUAAUCAAUGUGAAUUAUCAUAUGAUGAUUGUCUUGAUAUAGCAGAACAAAUAGCUGAUGGUGCUUGUUAUCUUGAACAGCAUUCAUAUGUUCAUAGAGAUUUAGCUGCUCGAAAUUGUCUUGUAUCAUCAACGAAUAUUGAUAAUGGAAAAAUUCUUGUUAAAAUUGGUGAUUUUGGUUUAGCUAGAAUGUUAAGUCAACAAGAUUAUUAUAGAAAAACAGGUGAAGCUCUUUUACCUGUACGAUGGAUGGCACCAGAAUCAUUACUUGAUGCAAUUUUUACUUCGAAUUCAGAUAUUUGGUCAUUUGGAAUUGUCCUAUGGGAAAUUAUAACAUUAGGUCAAGUACCAUAUUCACCAUUGAAUAAUCAACAAGUUAUUUCAUUAAUUACAACAACACGAGGAACUUUAGAAAAACCAAUACAAUGUACACAAGCUUUAUAUGAACUUAUGUUAUCAUGUUGGCAAUAUAUACCUGGAAAUCGAAUAAGUUUUUAUGAUCUUCAUUGUCGUCUAAAUGAAAUAUUAAUGAAUAAAAAUAAAGAACAACCAUUAAUAUGGUUUUCUAAUGAAGGAUCAUUACAAACGGCUCGUAAUGUUCUCGAUUGUGUAUUAAGUCAUAUUGAACCACCAGCAUCAAUAUCAUUUGAAAGUUCAGAUAUUGGUGAAUGUCGUUCAUCAACAUCAGGAUGUUUUUCAUCGAUGACAGAAAGUACUUCACCAACACAUCAUCAUCAUGAUCAUCAUCAUCAUCAUUCAAAUGGAAUUCUUCCAUCUUAUCAAUUACGUUUAAUUGAUGAUACAACAAGUAAUGAUUUUGUUGAUGAUGAUGUUCACAGUGACAUUAUUAUACGCUCUUUCUAA